UGGUGUGUGACAUAUUUAUGUGUGUGCUCGUGUGCGUAAGUGUCUCGUAUGUGAGAAAGUGACGAAUUACUUUUCAUCAAAUGGAAAAUAAUUUAGUUUAAAGCACGUAAAAAUUCAACUAUUGCUGUGCACAUAAAUCCAAAAGAGCUAAACACUAACAGAAAACAAAAUAUUUAACAAACGGCAGGACUAGUGCUACAAAAAAAAACACCAAAAAAACACAAAAAAUAAAAAACCAUCAAAAUGGCCGAAGGCGGUAGUAAGCGCAUCAACGUGGUAGUAAAAACACCAAAGGACAAGAAAACUGUUGAAGUCGAUGAAGAUUCUGGAAUAAAAGAAUUCAAAAUUUUGGUAGCACAAAAAUUCGAGGCGGAGCCCGAACAGUUGGUGCUUAUAUUCGCUGGUAAAAUCAUGAAGGACACCGACACGCUCAAGCAGCACAACAUAAAGGAUAAUCUGACGGUGCAUUUGGUAAUCAAGGCGCCCACACGCAACAAUGAGCAGCCGGCACGUGCUCCGGCCGAUGUGCGUCAAACACCAUUCGGUCUGAAUCAGUUUGGCGGCUUGGCCGGCAUGGAGGCACUGGGUGCCGGCUCGAAUACGUUUAUGGAUCUGCAGGCGCGUAUGCAGAAUGAGCUUCUAAAUAAUGGCGAUAUGCUGCGUUCACUUAUGGACAAUCCGCUGGUGCAGCAGAUGAUGAACAAUCCGGACACAAUGCGUCAGUUGAUUACAUCCAAUCCACAAAUGCAGGAUCUGAUGCAGCGCAAUCCGGAAAUAUCGCAUAUGCUCAACAAUCCGGAUCUGCUGCGUCAGACCAUGGAGUUGGCGCGCAAUCCUUCGAUGCUGCAGGAGCUGAUGCGUUCGCAUGAUCGCGCCAUGUCCAAUCUGGAGUCGGUGCCUGGUGGCUACAGUGCAUUGCAGCGCAUCUAUCGCGACAUCCAAGAGCCUAUGAUGAAUGCCGCCACAGAGUCCUUCGGCCGCAAUCCCUUUGCUGGCCUAGUCGAGGGAGGCGGUGCCAAUGCUGCCAAUCCACAGCAAGGUACUGAGAAUCGCAAUCCGCUCCCCAACCCCUGGGGCGGCAGUGGCAAUCGCAGCGGCACAACUGGCGUCGCCGGCGGCUUGGGUGGCUUAGCCGGCUUAGGCUUAGGCAGCGCUGCUGCUGGCCAAACCAACAAUAGUCAUGGCGGCGAUCAGCCACCGGCAAAUGUGCUCAACACACCGGCCAUGCGCAGCUUGCUCCAGCAAAUGGCAGACAAUCCAUCGCUAAUGCAGAAUCUAUUGAAUGCGCCCUAUACGCGCUCCAUGAUGGAGUCCAUGUCACAGGAUCCGGAUAUGGCAUCGCGUCUUCUCAGCAGCAGUCCGUUGCUCUCAAACAAUCCGCAGCUGCAGGAUCAGGUACGCCAAAUGAUGCCACAGUUUAUGGCCCAAAUGCAGAAUCCCGAUGUGAUGAACAUGCUCACCAAUCCGGAGGCACUAAAUGCCAUACUACAAAUACAGCAGGGCAUGGAACAGCUGCGCACCGCUGCGCCCAGCCUGGUGGGCACACUGGGCAUACCGCCGCCGCCACCCGGUGUAGGCAAUAGUACCAGCGCAGAUCCAGCCAGCGGCGAUGGCACCACGGCCACCACCAACAAUACCUCGCCCAAUAAUGGAGCAGCGCCGCUAAGAACAACUAACCCAGGCGGACCAAACUUAGCGCCAGGAGGUGGACCCAAUGCCCAGCUUUUUAAUGAUUUCAUGAUGCGCAUGCUCAAUGGCAUGUCCAACAAUACUGACAGCACGCAGCCGCCGGAGGUGCGCUAUCAAUCUCAGCUAGAGCAGCUAUCGGCCAUGGGAUUCGCCAAUCGCGAGGCCAAUUUGCAGGCGCUGAUUGCUACGUUUGGAGACAUCAAUGCUGCAGUGGAGCGUCUGCUGUCGCUGAAUCAGUUAUCCCUAAGUUAACGCUGUUAAGGCGUCUGCCUCUCGUACACGCCAAACGCAAAUAUUGUGUGUGUGUUUGUGUUUGUGUGUGUGUGUUGUGUGUCUAAUAAUAUAUAUGCAUAUGCAUAUAUACAACAAUUUAAAUAUUAUCUGCUAUAACAAAAUGUUCAAACCGCCGUCGCCGUCGUCGUCGUCGUCUGCUCUUCUCACAGCUCUGUGCUCUCAGCAGUCCAGGCUCCGGGUGCAGAGAGUAAGAGUGCAAAGCA